ACCUUGGAGAGACGAUGGAAGGAUUCGGAUACGAAGCAAGAGAGAGCCAGCAGGUGGACUACCGAAAAGUUGUAGGGGACACUCAGCCAUCAUGUACCAGUGUCUCAUCCAGGGAAGAGGAAUGUUAUGCCCGGCAAAUCUCACACGGACAUGGCCAUGAGACUGCAGCCCAGCGAUACAAUGCCACAAGGAUUCAGGCAGGUUUUGGCCCAGAGAGCAUGGCGGAUUAUCUAAUCAGUGGUGGCACAGGUUACGUCCCUGAUGAUGGACUCUCAGCUCAGCAGCUCUUCUCAGUCGGAGACGGCCUUACUUACAACAGAUCUGACCAACAGUGUGUUGUCUCGGAUGGUCAUACGGCUGAAGAGCUAUGCUCUAAAGGAGAUGGGUUGACUUACAAUGACUUCUUGAUCUUACCUGGCUUUAUCGACUUUACCUCUGAUGAAGUGGAUCUGACAUCAGCUCUGACCAGAAAGAUCACCCUGAAAACUCCUCUCAUCUCUUCUCCUAUGGACACUGUCACAGAGUCAGCCAUGGCCAUUGCAAUGGCGCUAAUGGGAGGCAUCGGUAUUAUACAUCACAACUGCACCCCAGAAUUCCAGGCUAAUGAGGUCCGCAAGGUCAAGGUUAUGAGGUUUGAGCAGGGAUUUAUAACAGAUCCAGUCGUUAUGAGUCCACGUCACACAGUUGGGGAUGUGUUUGAAGCCAAAGUAAGACAUGGUUUCUCUGGUAUUCCUGUCACAGAGACAGGAAAAAUGGGUAGCAAACUGGUGGGCAUCGUCACCUCCAGAGACAUUGACUUCCUCUCUGAGAAAGACCAUGUCAAACCCCUGGAGGAGGCUAUGACUAAGAGGGAGGAUUUGGUGGUGGCUCCAGCAGGUGUUACUCUGAAAGAAGCCAACGAUAUCCUGCAGCGCAGCAAAAAAGGCAAGCUUCCCAUUGUAAAUGAUAAUGACGAGCUGGUGGCCAUUAUUGCCAGGACAGAUUUAAAGAAGAACAGAGACUACCCUCUUGCAUCCAAAGAUUCGCGCAAACAGCUUCUGUGUGGUGCCGCCAUCGGGACCAGGGAGGAUGACAAAUACAGACUGGACCUGCUGGUGCAAGCUGGAGUGGAUGUUGUUGUACUGGAUUCUUCACAAGGCAACUCUGUGUAUCAGAUCAACAUGAUAAAUUACAUCAAACAGAAGUAUCCAGAGUUACAAGUUGCAGGAGGAAAUGUGGUAACAGCAGCUCAGGCCAAGAAUCUGAUUGAUGCUGGUGUGGACGCUCUGAGAGUUGGCAUGGGUUGUGGCUCCAUCUGCAUCACACAGGAAGUGAUGGCGUGUGGCCGACCCCAGGGAACCUCGGUGUACAAGGUAGCGGAGUACGCCAGGCGUUUCGGUGUACCAGUCAUUGCUGACGGGGGCAUUCAGACUGUGGGCCACGUGGUGAAGGCUCUGUCUCUGGGAGCAUCAACUGUUAUGAUGGGCUCGUUGCUAGCAGCAACCACUGAGGCUCCUGGAGAGUACUUCUUCUCAGAUGGUGUACGGCUGAAAAAAUACAGAGGCAUGGGCUCCCUGGACGCUAUGGAGAAAAACACCAGCAGUCAGAAACGUUAUUUUAGUGAGGGUGACAAGGUGAAGGUAGCUCAGGGUGUGUCGGGUUCAGUCCAGGACAAGGGCUCCAUCCACAAGUUUGUACCUUACCUUAUAGCAGGUAUCCAACAUGGCUGCCAGGACAUUGGAGCAAAGAGUCUUUCUGUUCUCCGGUCUAUGAUGUACUCUGGGGAGCUGAAGUUUGAGAAGCGGACAAUGUCCGCACAGGUGGAAGGAGGUGUUCAUGGACUUCACUCUUAUGAGAAGCGACUUUACUGAACUGGGAUGCGGAGUGCAGUUCAUACCCAAUCUAAUGGUGACCAAAUGUUAACUCGACACUUCUGCCAAACACAAACCACCUACUAAACCCUCUCUGACCUCCCCUGCAUCGCAUCCACUCCCCCUCUCUCUCUCUCUGAUCCUAACCAGCUGGUUUUGGGAGGAAAGAGGCGGAGCAUCGUAGCGAAGUGAGAAUCUUCAAAUCACCACCGACUCUGAACACCUCGGACUUUGCACUUCAGAAGUGGCGCAUCAGGGUCUUUUUGGAAUGACAUACACAUCUGUAUCAAGUGUGCGGCCCUAUUCCAGUUAUGUGUGUUUGUGUGUGUUGACAGAAGUGAGGGAAUGUAUGACUGAAGGGUUGUGCGAUACAGUAUAUUUGGGACAAAGUGAAGGUGCGCUGUAUUUAUUUGUCCUGUCAGAAACUGCCAUCUCUUUUCAGUGUUUGUGGGAUCCCCGCUUACCAGCAAAGCUCCUUAUCAGAAGCCUCACUCAUCCCGGUUCUUCAACACACUACUGCGUAUGAGCAGAAUACACGACUAAAUGUUUGUAUUUCCAUCUGCAGUAUGCCAAUCUGUCACAGAAAACUUUUUUUUUUUUACAUUUCUGAGUCAUCACUGCUUGAGGAGCUGUUUAUAUUCCACCUCAUGCUGUUUACUUGUGCAUUUAUAGGUUUGUGACAUUGGCUGUUGUCAUUAAUCGUGUCAACUCGAAUGUUACACGUAAGCAGCAGACAGACCCACAGUUUUUACAACUGUGGCUUUUCAUUUACCUCUCAGACAUGCAGAGCCAACCAACUAGUCCCAUCCCAGCUCUUAAGAUCAGGUAUGUUUUUAAAAAGACUAAAACGCAUCAAUCAGGAAUGGUUAAUAAUAAAGAGAUGGAUUAGUUUGCCCAUAAUUUGAAUACUUUUAGAUAAAACUUUAUAUUGAACCUGUAUAGGCUGGGGGGGCUUUGAAAUGAGCAUGAAGGGUUUUUGAUAUGCAUGUUUGUUUUUUCACUAAGCCAAACGUGGCUCUAUUUAUAUAUUCUGCUUUAAUUGCAUACGUACUGCCAAGUGUAUUUACACCUCUUUUGACACUCUUCUUUUGUAACUUAAAACCAAAAUUGGUGCAAACAAGUUUGUCUCCCGUUAACUUCCUGUGCUCUCAUGGUGUUUCAUAGAUUCUCUGUAAUAAGUUUUAUUUAUUUAGUUUUUUCACCAGAGAUAUGCCUUGAAACAGAGAUGGAUAAAAGUGACACGACAGCUCAAUGAAAAUGCAUUCAAACUGCAUAAUGAUUCAGACUUUUCCGUCUCCUUUUCUUCUACAUUUGUAAGCUUAUCUAGGAGUAGGCUUUUCUAAAGUGUUCAUACUGGAUGUUUUUGCCAUAUAUAUAUAUAUAUAUAUAUAUAUAUAUAUAUAUAUAUAUUUUUUUUUUUUUUUUUUCCUCCAGUGUCCCAAAAUAUUAAAGCUACUUUGCUUUCUCUGUCCUGCUUCACUCUGCACAGGGUUUACAUGACUAGCGGAUCUUGCAACUGGACUGAUAAUGUGCAAACAACAUAUGUAUGAAAAUAUAUUAAAUGUAUACCUAUAUUUAGCUGCUUCUUUUCAAUUUUCCACUUAAUUCAGGUUUUAAAAUGUCUUAACUGUUAAGUUCUGAGACCUGUUAGUUGAUUCAGAAAGCACAAUAGUGAUCUUUAUUUUUUCUUUCUUUCAUUUGUUGCUUUUGUAUGAUUUCAGCCUCACGACAGCUGCCGUACAACAGCGGCAACCAAAACCUUCAUUUGUUUGUUUUUGUCUAGAUAAAUGUAAAAUGACUGAGUAUUUAGUAAAUCCACUUGGGGAUUAUGAGGAAUAUCACUUCAAAAACAUGUUUACAUCAGAGGAAAGUUGCUUUGCUGUUCAAUGUCAAAGAAUAAAAGCAUAAUACUGUG